GGAAGCGGGAGCUAGCAAACUGCGGCUUCUGCGAGCAGGGAGACAUUGUGAUGUACUUGGCUUGUGCUGACCUCUGUCUGCCGCAGGGAAAAGGGCUCCCUUCGGCUCGGAGCUAACUCAGCUGCAGAAGCGUGAAAGCCACCAGGGUUCACUAGAAAACUCCUCCAACUCCCCUUUAGCGCAGUGUUUAAAUGUGAAUAAAAUGUGUUAAUUAGCCGGACAAUGCCUCCAAGCUUGCUCGCGCUUCGUGUGUAUCCGUUGGUUAGCCGUUAGCGCCUCAUCCCGCUGUGUCCUUUGUUGCUCCGGUUAGCGGAUGUUUUCCAGCAACUGUCAGCGGCUCCGUCACUAGGACAACACCCGGACGUCUGAUGGGAGGCUGAGGGAACAAUGUUGAGAUUCCUCCGUGUCAUUUUAACAGGCCUGUUAGGUUUUCUAUUCGAUGGAGUAGGAGCUUUUGGUGUCGGGGCGUAUGGUGGGGUGAGAGUAGUGAACGGGGAUCACCACUGUUCCGGUAGAGUCGAAGUAAACCUUCACGAUAAGUGGGGGACUAUUUGCGACCAUGACUGGGAUAUGCAGGCAGCUACUGUGGUGUGCUCGGAGCUGGGUUGCGGCAUCGCUGAAUCUGCUUCACGUGGCGCCGAAUUUGGCCCGGGCGGUGGAGAGAUUGCUUUGCGCUCCGUCCAUUGCAAAGGGCACGAGUCCAGCUUGAUCCACUGUGAUGCCUUCAUUAACAGGAACUACAUUUGCAGCCAUCAGAAUGAUGCUGGUGUGAAAUGCUCAGGUACUCUAAUGGAGCCCAGGCUUUCAGUGCUGUCACCUCACUUUGUGUUUUCUGCUGGGGAGUCUGUUCACUUCUACUGCAACAUUCAACCACGUGACCGGGGCAGCAACGUCCACCUGUACAAGCACGGAGUCGAGACGCCGCUGGUCACACAGAGCGCGGACCCGACCCAGAUCGGAGUCAGCCUGGUUCUGUCUGAUGUAGAAUCGUUUCAGCAAGGCAGCUACAGCUGCCAGUACAACAUAAGGGGUGGUUUCCCUCCCCACCGGAUCACAUCUCCAACCAGCCAUCCUGUUAAUAUUACUGUGGUUGACCUUUUGACUCCCCAUCACUGGUACAACACGUCUGCUGAGGCCCCGACUGGCUCCGUCAUCAAAGGCGAGGGUUUUAACAUCACCUGCUCCACCCCGCGCCAGUACCCCGGCGCCUCCUUCCAGCUGCGCCUGGUCCGCUCCAACGGCACGGUGCGCCAGUCGCUCCCGGCCGUCUCCAAGUCUGUCACUUUCACCUUCCCCAACGCCCAGAGCUCCAACGAGGGAUACUAUUACUGCCUGUAUCGGGUCCAGCUGGGCGGACGCACGUUUGUCUCCAGAGAAAGCCAGCCACUACCUAUAGCCAUUAAAGAUCCUGACCCGCUACUGAGCCCCAUGGUGAUCAGCUGGCUGGUGUCCGGGGUGACAUUUGUCAUAGCCGUCAUCAUUAUUUUUACUGUGGCGAAGGUAAUGUGCAAUAAGGAGAAGAAGCCCUCUGAAUUAGAGCGGGAGACCAGAACCUGUGUGGACAACACAUAUGUUGCCUUAUCAGUCCACAAGCUAUGAUGGAGUCCUCAGAUGACAGGUUUAACUUUGGACAUCCAGAUGGCUCAAGUCUUCUUCAAGCACAUAUGAACUGCAGAAGACUGGGGAGACGGCAGCAACUGGAUGCUUGCUGCUCGCCACCUGCUGGUGACUGCUGGAACCAGUUUACAGCCCACACUUCUGUUCAGCACUUCCAUUGGGACGCAGUUUGAGACUGCACUGGCUUCUUUACUCUUACUGGAAAACAAUAAGAUUAAUGUUCAGCACCAUGUUAUUGUAACGUGCAGGCCGGCAGCCAUGUUGGAGCAGCAGUGGCAUGUGUGUUUCUGCGCUCCUGUUUAAGCCAGGUGUAAAGUAUGAUUAGAGCGUCACCGUCUCAGACGUACACUAAACCUUAAAUCUGUGAAAUGAGCGAAUAUGUUUCUGUGUUCUAUACAGAGUUCAGCAGCUUUUUGUUCCAGACAACACUAAUAACAGACUGCUUAAUGAUUAGAUACCUGCCCUCAGAACAAUGAUCCUUAAAGGAUUAUACUAUGUAAUGUUCUUAAAGACUAACACUACUAUGCAUCUUCAUCAAAUGUAUUUUUUUUUUGCACUUGUUUUUGUAAAUAGUAGCUGUAGGUAGUAAAAAUGCUACAGUUUUGUGUGCAAAUUGUUAGACAAUCUAAACAUGUUGCUGAUGGUACGUUUCUUUAGAGCAAACUACAAUAUAGAAAGCUUUUUUUUAGACACCUUGCGGUAUGCGGUUAAUUUGUUUUUGUAUACGUUAUUUAUCUCGACACUUUUGUUCCUGAAUAAACGACUUGAAACUCUAAAAUGCUUACAUCUGCAAGCUCUUUAUUAUAUUAUGAAAACCAAUUACAAAACAAAUUACAAACUCUGGAUAGAUGGAUGAUGUGGUACAAAAGUGCUGCACAUUUGAGCAAAGCAUAAACUUGUAGCACUACAGCUUGUAUUGAGCAAUUUUACAUUUUUACUUUGGAAAAAUCUUCAUGUACUUAUUGAAUGCAAUUUACAGUUUUAUCAGAAUUGAUAGUAAUGCACAGGCACUUGAAUUUAAGUCUGUCCAAAAUGUGCAUAAAUGGCUGUGAGCAAAAUGGAAGCAUCAGUACUUGUUUGACAAACAUUAUUCAAUUCAGCCACACUGAAAAAUGAGUUAAAUCAAAAUUAUGUACAAUAAACAAGUGUGUCAUCGUCAAUAAUAUUUGCUCUGCAGCGUUUAAAUAUGCACACAUUAAACCGGGAACUUCAGGUGUAAGUUUCUGAUUUUUAUUACAAAACCAAUAUUUAAAAAAAAAAAAAGAAAAAGGGAGAGCUGAAAUGACAAUUUAGAUCGUAUAACUACACUUUAAAAACCCAAUAUUUACCCUACUUUCCCCGAAUCCAUAAGAUUGGUAAAAAUAUUUCUUUACUUUGCUCUCUACCUUUAGACCAAAAUGAUCAACAAAAUAGCAGCAGGAGCUUUGAAGGAUCAUACAACCCAGCAAUUAUAGGAUCAACAGAGAGCCGCCGCCUGUAUUCGACAAAAAUUGUUUGUUCUGCAGUUUGACUCAAAGAGGUGUUGUAGUGAAACUUGGUGAACAAGAAUGUAUUUUACCCUUACCUGUACAGUCAUGCAAAAAAAAACAAGACAUUCCUUUUAAAUCCAAAGUUUAACGGGGGUCUAGCUCACAUUUCCCCCCCACCCCCACUUUGGUGUCAGUUUUCGCUUAAGAAUAAUAAAACGGUGCCGCUUGUGGUCUACAUGCAGUUUUCUACUCUUCAGUUUAAAUUUAAGUUGUUUUAGAAGACGUUAAAAGGGAGGACCAGAAGGUGCAAGCUUUUUUCUUUUUUUGUUAGCCACAGCCGCAGCAGGUAGGUGCAAACAAAUUUCAGCAUAAAAAAAAAAAAAA